AUGGACUCUGAGUUGCCGAAGAGACUACAUGCAGAAGGAGCCGAACCACAGUGUGACAAGAUAAACAAGUGUGCAAGAAUGUCGAUAUUGACUGAUCUGGCAAACGGCGUGAAAUCAGAGUACACAGAAGUGAAGCGAGACCCAUUGUUUGCUAAAAUCAUAGCCAUCCACGAAAACCGGCUGCAUUUCUCAGCUAAACUGGUGCAUAGUUUCAUGACCAGGCAGCUUGUCACCGCAAAGAAGCAUGAGCUCUGGUUCGUCUUCGCAAGAAGGCCACUGCGGUUCUCUUUGCAAGAAUUUCAUGCUGUCACCGGUCUCAAAUGCGUAGCUGAUGGCAAUUCAGACGAAACCAAUUGGGUUGACGAUGGAGGUUUUUGGAGUACAAUGUUAAAGACUCAUGGGAAGAUUAGCUUUGAGACAAUCAGAAAAAAGCAUCUCCAGGAGGCCAACACCUGGACUCGCGUGGAUAGACUCCGGUUGGUGUAUUUAUGUGUUGGUUUUUUUGUUACAAUUUCCUUGAUUGUUUUGAGAACUAACGGCAACUCCAUUGAAACAUUGGUUGUGUUAUUGUCUUUGGUUUGA